AUGGAAUCCUUAAGAAGAUCAUGGAAAUUACAGGAAUUUGUGGCUCACAAGGCAAAUGUCAACUGCCUGGCCAUGGGACACAAAUCAAAUCAAGUCCUGGCUACUGGAGGUGAUGACAAAAAAGUAAAUUUAUGGGCUAUUGGAAGGCAAGGUUGUCUUAUGAGCUUAAGUGGGCAUACGACUCCAGUAGAAUGUGUAUGUUUUGGACAUUCUGAGGAUUUAGUUUGUGCUGGAUCUCAAACAGGUGCCUUAAAAAUUUGGGAUUUAGAGGCAGCUAAAUUACUUAGAACAUUUACUGGACACAAAGGAGCCAUAAAAUGUAUGGAUUUUCAUCCCUAUGGUGACUAUUUAACAACAGGUUCUUGUGAUAGUAAUAUUAAGUUGUGGGACACUAGAAAACGUGGUUGUAUUGUGACAUACUCAAGUCAUCGACUUGCAGUGAAUAGUCUUCAGUUUAGCCCAGAUGGACAAUGGAUAGCAUCAGCAUGUGAAGAUGGCUUAGUAAAAGUAUGGGAUGUGCGUGUCGGAAAAGUAUUACAGGAAUUUAUUGAGCAUACAGCGGCAGUUACAUGUGUUAAAUUCCAUCCACAUGAAUUCCUGUUGGCUAGUUGUGGUGCUGAUAGGACAGUAAAUUUCUGGGAUAUGGAGAAGUUUCAAUUGGUAUCCAAAUUUGAAAAGGACAAUACAUCCAUAAGACAUAUGACAUUUAGUGAUGAUGGUGCCACUUUGCUUGGUUGUGGGAAUGAUGGCCUGCAUGUUAUAGGCUGGGAGCCAGCCCGAGUACUUGAUACAGUGAAUGGACACUGGGGCCAGAUUCAUGACAUGACUGUUGCUCAAACACAACUUAUUGCAGGAUCUUUCCACUCAACAUAUGUUGUGUUAUCCGUUGUGGAUCUGAGCAAAGUGCAUCCGUUCGGUGGCCCGCCGCCCGCCGCACCCACUCUAGUCAGAGAUCUUUCGCCAUUCCAAAAAGGACACUCUGUUCGUAAAAGUUUUUCUAAAGAGAAACCUCCAAAAGAAGUGCUGCACAGGCCCACAUUGCUUGACGAGAAGACCGCGGAGGAGUCGACGUCGGGCACGGAAGCGGACGAAGAUUCAGGUGCUGUUAUACCUAAUUUUAAUGACUACACUGAAAUUUUCCGACCAUCUAGAGCAUUGACAAGGACUCCGCCGCCAGCGACCAGUUUAUCUUCGGAAGACUUUACAGUGCUAGGCGCGGCGGCGGGCGCGUCGCUGCGCGAGCUGUCGCCGGAGCGCCGCCGCGAGCUCGCGUCGCGCACCCCCGCCGGCCCGCACGACCGCAAGCCACACAUAUACACAAGAAUAAUGGACAAUAAUAAAGAAGAUGUAAUAUUUAAUCCAGUGCAAAGCCCCGUGAAGGAAUUCACCAGCAAUGCUCACACAACCAGCUCAUUAAAUAGACAUAAUUCUUAUAAAGAAACUAAAUCUACUACAGAUUUAUCUGCCAAUAGUUUAAGGCAGAGCAACAGCGAGAUGUCGCUCGGGCCGCCGUCGUUGGGGCCGCGAUCGCUCUCAUUCACAAGGUCGCCCUCUCAGAAUGCAAGGACGCGUACGGAGAGUGGGCCGGAGCGCGGGGCGGAGCGCGAGGCGGAGCCCGAGUUCGUGCCCUACUCCAUCGACCGGCCCGUCGGACUCGACCUUGACGAAUUCUUGCCUCGCGGAGCGGGGGCGCGCGCGGCGCGCGGCGGCGCGGCGCCCAGCGAGCAGGAGGUGCUGGGCGUCAUGAUGCGCGGACACGACUCCAUGAUGGCGGUGCUGGCGGCGCGCCAGCGCGCGCUGCAGAUAUUUCAUUCUGUAAGAAUAAACAAGAGUUUAAAAUCAGCUUUAGAAUCUGUGAUUGCCUUAGAAGAUGCUUCAGUGAUAUUAGAUAUUCUCAACGUGAUGGCGCACAAACCGUCUUUAUGGAACUUAGAUAUUUGUCUUCUAAUGUUGCCCAAAAUAUAUGAAUUGUUACAGAGCAAAUAUGAAUCGUACAUGCAAUGCGGGUGCAACGCGCUGCGCCUGAUCGUGCGCAACUUCUCGUCGGUGGUGCGCGCGAACGUGGGCGCGCCGGUGCGCACGCUGGGCGUGGACAUCCCGCGCGAGGAGCGCUACGCCAAGUGCGCCGCCAUCCACCGCCUGCUGCUGGACGUGCGCGCCUUCCUGCUCAAGCGGCAGACGCUGCAGGGCCGCCUCGGCGCCGCCUUCCGCGACCUGCACACGCUCAUGCAGCAGGGGCUCGAC